AUGGCAUACGAAGACAAAAAACGAAGAGGCAACGAAUCUGAGUACCCCUCGAAACGGUCAAAGUCAGAGAUGGACCCUUCACAAAACCCUUACCUCGCUCACAUGUACGAAGAAGAUACUGGGAGUGCCGGGCGUCCUGGAAAGGGCGGAAAUACUGGGAGCAUAUUGAACACCUUCAGGCGCCAUCAGACAACUACAGAGCAAGCCAACAAAGCCGAAGAUGGCCCAUUGAACCCUUUCAACGGGAACCCAUUGUCAAAUCAGUACUUCAAAAUUCUGAAGACGCGAAGGAAUUUGCCAGUUCAUCAGCAGAGAGAUGAGUUCCUUGAAAUGUUCCAUUCAAGCCAAAUCCUCGUUUUUGUCGGGGAAACCGGUUCAGGAAAAACUACGCAAAUUCCUCAAUUCGUCCUGUUCGAUGAUCUCCCUCACCUUAACGGUCGUAAGCAGGUCGCAUGUACUCAGCCCCGUCGAGUCGCUGCCAUGUCCGUGGCGAAGCGUGUCGCCGAUGAGAUGGACGUUCAGUUGGGGCAAGAGGUUGGGUAUAACAUUCGUUUUGAGGAUAAGACCGGACCAAAUACCAUUUUAAAGUACAUGACAGACGGUAUGCUUCUUAGAGAGGCUAUGAAUGAUCACAACCUAGACCGGUACUCCUGUAUCAUUCUUGACGAAGCACACGAAAGAACACUAGCCACCGAUAUUCUUAUGGGACUGUUAAAAGAUGUCGCCAUAAGGAGGCCGGAUUUGAAGAUCAUUAUCAUGUCCGCUACGCUGGAUGCGCAAAAGUUUCAGCGCUAUUUCAAUGAUGCGCCACUACUGGCUGUUCCUGGACGUACACAUCCUGUAGAGAUCUUCUAUACUCCUGAGGCAGAGCGAGAUUAUGUUGAAGCCGCACUUAGGACAGUCUUACAAAUACAUGCAACAGAGCCUGAAGGAGAUAUUCUUCUCUUCCUUACUGGUGAAGAGGAGAUCGAGGAUGCAUGUCGAAAGAUUUCUCUUGAGGCGGAUGAAUUACUACGAGAGACAGAUUGUGGUCCUCUGAAGGUUUAUCCGCUUUAUGGAACUCUGCCACCUGCUAUGCAACAAAAAAUCUUUGAACCUGCACCACCUCCGAGACGUCCAGGUGGUGCGCCAGGGCGCAAGGUUGUUGUAUCAACAAACAUUGCAGAGACAUCCCUUACAAUCGAUGGUAUUGUUUAUGUUGUGGAUCCCGGUUUCUCAAAACAGAAGGUCUACAACCCUCGAAUUCGUAUUGAAUCGUUGCUUGUCUCCCCAAUCUCCAAGGCAUCUGCUCAACAGCGGGCCGGUCGUGCCGGUCGUACCAGGCCUGGAAAAUGCUUUAGGCUUUAUACUGAAGCAGCCUUCAAGAAAGAGUUGAUUGAACAGACUUACCCUGAAAUUCUGAAAAGUAAUCUUUCCAAUACAGUCCUAGAGCUGAAGAAGCUGGGGAUCGAUGAUCUAGUUCACUUUGAUUUUAUGGACCCCCCAGCGCCAGAGACGAUGAUGAGAGCACUGGAAGAGCUUAACUUUCUUGCUUGUCUGGAUGAUGACGGUAAUCUGACAGCACUUGGAAAAAUUGCUUCCGAAUUCCCUCUCGACCCCGCGCUAGCAGUCAUGCUUAUUACCUCUCCCGAGUUUUUCUGCUCAAAUGAGAUACUUUCUAUUACUGCUCUCCUUUCUGUUCCACAGAUUUUUGUGCGUCCCCCGCAAGCUCGUAAGCGGGCCGAUGAGAUGAAGCAGCUGUUCGCACAUCCAGACGGUGAUCAUCUUACUAUGUUGAACGUCUAUCACGCUUUUAAGUCCCCGGAGGCUCAAGAAAACCCAAGUGAUUGGUGUUACAACCACUUCUUGAGUCUGAGGUCUCUCCAGAGCGCUGAUAAUGUCAGAAGUCAAUUGGCAAAGAUCAUGGAAAGGAAUGAACUGGAACUUGUUUCUACGCCUUUUGAAGACAAGAAUUAUUACACCAACAUAAGGAGAGCGCUUGUCUCGGGAUUCUUCAUGCAAGUUGCAAAAAAGGCGGCGAAUGGGAAGCAGUACGUUACUGUCAAAGACAAUCAGGAUGUUCUCCUCCAUCCCAGUACAGUACUCGGGCAGGAGUCUGACUGGCUUAUUUACAACGAAUUCGUAUUGACCUCUAAAAACUACAUCCGGACAGUGACACAGAUUAAAGCAGAGUGGCUACUUGAGAUCGCGCCGGUCUAUUAUGACCUUAAUACAUUCCAAAAAGGAGAUGUGAAAACUGCGCUGCAAAGGACGGCAGAAAAGAUGAAACGGAAGGAGCAACUUGCUGGGAAAACUAGUAGGAUGGGUAAUGGAUAUUAA